AUGAUGCAUCCGCAGUCAGCCGGAGUAAUCGUCUCCGGCGGGCUCGACAGCUCGUCGCUGCUUUCCUCGCGUCAACCGAAGCAGGGCAACCCUCUUGUUCGCCUUCGCGCGUUUCAACAAAGCGUGUACCGGCUGCUCACCGAUCCAGCCUUUGAACCGUUGUUUGACGUCGUCAUUGUAGCAGAGAACAAAGAACUCCGCGCUCACCAAAGCAUUCUGGCGGCAUGCAGCGAGUACUUCAAGCGCCUCUUUUGCGGCCCAGACACUGCCAAGCGAAUUGAAUUCCAGCAGCGAUGGGUUGUUGUCCAGCAGCUCGUCCGGUGCAUGUACGGCGCAGACAUCGAGCCAGGCACCGACCCCGAAAUCAUUCUUGAAGUCCUCGCGGAGGCGCGGAAUCUGGAAGUGAACUGCAUUUCGAUUGACGACUGCGUCUCGCUGAUCGUGGACCAGCUGAGCGUCGUGAACUGCGCGCGGGUGCUGACGCACGAAGAAGUUGCGCACCACCGCGAACUGUCGCGGCAAGUCUGUUCGUACAUCGUGAAGCGCUUCUCCGACGUCGUGCGCAACCCCACAUCUCGCCAGCAGCUGCUGCAGAUGCCGCGCAACCAAAUCGUGUACAUGGUUCGCGAGCUCUGCCGUAGAUGCGACACCAACCGCGACACCGACCUCAUUGUCCGCUUCGUCGUCGACUGGUCGCAGUUCGAAAGCGCAUGCGACCUCCUGCGAGACUGCAAACUCUGGGAUUGGUGUCUCGAGCCCGGCGCUCUGUCCAUCUUCCGGGACGAAGACCAAAACGCUCUGCAGGCGCCAAGCUUGCCUCAGGCGGUUCAGUGGAGGAUUCCGAAUUUGAGAAUUGCCUUGCGGGAGCACCUGCCGAUGAAAUAUGUUGUUGGCACGUACUUCGACUGGGCUGUUCGCCUUGAUCACGGCGGGGAGAACAAACUGCGGCUCGUCUACGAAUCGGCCUUGGAUAGAAAUCCAGGGCAGCCCGCAUGCAUCAAACGCUUCCCAGCGGCUCUGUUCGCCUGGCAGGUGAUUUUCCGCGGAGAAGACGUGUUCAGAGAGCGGCCGGUGUUCAUCUGCUUCCCUGAGCACGUGGCGCUGCACUGGUCGACUACGCUGCCCAUUUCCACAGCGGACGUGACAGACGGCGACGACCUGACGAUUAUGGUGACUAUGACCGAAAUUCCGCUUGUGUCGCUCAUUCUGUACUACUUCUCCAGCGACUUGAACCAGACUCUCGCACACGAGGACAUCCUCAACCGACUCCCGCACAUCGAGUACCGUUGCCUGUCCUCGUACACGCUCUUCCACGCUGCGCAGCCUCAGCCGUUGCCGCCCGCGAUUUAA